AUGAGUCUACCUGUAGCAUCGCAUCUCUAUCUUCUCUCUCCAGGCGGUAUUCUUACCUUCUUCUGUCAGAGCAGGUCUCAACUCCUCGGCUGGUCCGCUUGUUAUCUCCUUAUUUUAUCUACCAAACCUACCAAACCUCUCGGUCUGCGACCCCCAGCUUUGCUUUCAUCCCUGUUUACCUCUCACACCAUGAUCUGCAAUACCAUCGUCAUCUCCUCCGUCCUCAUCACUUCCGCUCUCGCCUGUGCUGAGCACAACUACCACUCCGCCGGUCGAAAGCGCGCGGGCGAAACCAACGGUAUCACCUGGGACUAUGACCUCAGCCACGACUGGGGGCGUCUCUCGCCCGAGUUCGCCACCUGCCAGCACGGCACCAUGCAAGCUCCCAUCCCUCUUCGGGUCGAUCAAGGUCUCGCGUACAACCACCUUCCCAACUUUGCGGGAUACGACAUCAACGCCGCCGGAACCAUGAGCAACUGGGGCUUCGGACCCGCAAUGAACUACGCGCGCGCCGAGGGCAACUUCACCAGUCUCCCCUCAUUCUCCUUCGAGGAGAACGGCAAGAACGAGUCGGUCUUCCUGAUCGGCUGGCACAUCCACGCGCCGAGCGACCAUACCGUCGAUGGCGUCCACUCCAAGGCGGAAAUGCACCUCGUCCAUGCCGACACGGCCGGUACGCCUCGCGCUGUACUGUCUAUCCGAAUCGCGCCUGGCAAUUCAGCGUCCGCAUGGUUCAGCCAGAUACCGCCGCCCAUCUCAUUCCGGGACGUCAAUAAGACGGUCGAGGCGUCCAUGAGCCCGAUGAUGGCGGUGAAGGAGGUGGCGAACUUUAGCGAAUUCUGGACUUACCGGGGGAGCCUAACAACUCCGCCCUGUAACGAGGGUCUGCGCUUCUUCGUCGCUCGCCAAGUGCUCUACACUAGCGUCGACCAGAUGCGCCGGAUCCUCGACGCGAGCAAAUUCUCCUCCCGCCAGAUCCAGGAAGUCUGGCAGCAUCAGAUCAACGUGUAG